UUUCAUAUGGGACACAGAGUGAGUGCUUGGAAAAUAAGCAUCGUCGUUGAUCAGGAGAUGGACUAUGCAGAACUGGUUCUAUCUGCAGGAGAAAUCACACUUCGAGAGAAGACUAGGAAGUCAAUGAAAGACCCUCAUCUGAGAAGAAGAGAGGUCCAAAAUAUCUCACAGGCUGUGUGUACUCUGCUGAAUUCUGGAGGGGGCAUGGUCAAGGCUCACAUUAAAAGUUCCAAUUACAGCUUCACCAGAGAUGGAAUAGGGAUGGAUUUGGAAAAUUCUUUUGGUGAUAUUCUUCCAUUUCCUCAGAAAUACCUAGACUAUAUGAAGAACAAAGGCUACUUUAUAAUUGUUGUGAAACCGUGGAUCCUGGAUAUCACUGGUCAGCGUGUCCUCACCUUGAAAAGCUAUUUCUACGUGAGAAGUUUGUCAUCCUCACUUGAACUGAACGCUCCUGAUACAGUACAGCUCCUCAAAGCCCUGAAGGAUUCUGAAGGCAGAUCAUGUUCAAGACAAAUUUUGCCUGGAUUAUUUGACUCUGAUGAAUUAGAACCAGAAUGUCCUGACAUGUUUUUUAAAAAGGAAAUGUUGACCCUGGAAGAGACAUUCUACUUCACUAAAUCCAAACAUCCUUAAGUUAAAUUGUCUCCUACAAAGGAGAUUUUAGAGAUUCUCCCUAAAACUGUUUCUGCAUUUGCAAACACUGACAGGGGAUAUUUGCUCAUUGGUUUGGAUGGAAAUGAACAGCAAAUCAUUGGUUUUGAAGCAGAGAGGAGCGAUCUUGUGCAUCUAGAGAGUGAAAUAGACAAAUGCAUCCAACAGCUGCCUGUCACUCACUUCUGUGAGGAGCAGGAGAAGAUAAAGUACACAUGCAAAUUCAUUCAGGUCCGCAAACAUGGAGCUGUGUGUUCCUAUGUCUGUGCACUGAGAGUGGAGAGAUUCUGCUGUGCUCUGUUCACUGCAGAGCCUGAUUCCUGGCACGAUGAAGACAGCUGUGUGAAGGGGUUUUCCUCAGAGGAGUGGGUCAAGCUCCAGAUGGAUGCCCACCAGGUUGAGGAAGGGGGAUUAACAAUCAUUUUAUUUUGGUUCCAGUUGGAAGAUUGCUUUCUGGGAUUUGGGCAACAUCAAAACUCCUCACAUCUCAACAGCUAA